AUGUUAAAUGAUCGAGAGCCGACGUAUGUAUGUGAUUGUGGUGAAGAAUAUAUGAGUGAAGAGACUCUACUACAACAUCAACAAACUAAAUGUAAAAAUCGAUCAAUUUCAUGUUCAUUUUGUCAAAUAAUUCUUCCAACAUCAUCUGCCUUACGUGAACAUUUACUUUUAUGUGGAAAUAAAACUGAUGAAUGUCCAAAAUGUCGUCGACUUAUACGACGUUCACAUUUUGCUUAUCAUUUUGAAAAUAAUUGUGCUUCUAUUGAUAAAGUAGAAACUCCUCCUAAUCAACGAAGAAGCCGAUCACUUCCACGUCUUCCCGUAAAUUCUAAUAAACCAGUUUUACGAAUUGAUGUACCAACUGAUGAUAAUGAAAAUUAUCCUAGAGCAAAUCAAAGAAAUUCCCCAGUGAUAAUUACAUGUGAAUAUUGUCAUCAACAAUGUAUACAAAAUGAUUAUAAAGCUCAUAAGGAAAAUUGUCUUCGAAGCCCAAUAAAUAGUAAUUAUAAACCAUCACCACGUAUACCUCCCAGACAAAAUCAAAAUCAAAAUGGUGCAAAAGGUGUUGUUCAUAUUCCUUGUGAAAUUUGUAAUGAACCUGUUGAUUUACCAAAUUGGUCAAAUCAUACACAAAAUUGUCGUGAACGAGAUAUGAAACGAAUCAAAAAUCAUGCUCGAUCUAUGAGUCAAGAACCUAUUAUUGAUCGACUUCCAUGCGAAUAUUGUCAAAAGUUAUUUCCUCCUAACCAACUUUAUUCACAUGAAGCAAAUUGUCAAAAUAAUCCAGUUAACAGAGGAACAGUUGAGAGACUUUCGCGUAAAAAAUCUCCACCAUCAAUUGUUUUACCAGUCAAACGAAAACCGAAUGAAAAUAAUCCAGUACCAUCUAAUUUUCGACCACCAAAAAAUCAAGAUCCUGUUCAAUAUGAAAAGAUCGAUAUUGAUCAAACACAUGCAGCGAAUCGAUCUCGUAGUAGUGAUAGAUCAAAAAAUCAUGCACGCAGGGAUCAACAACCUGUACGACUUGCAGCAAGUGAAGAAUAUCUUUCACAACCACAUAAUUCUUUUCCUAAUGAUCAUGCUUAUGAAAAUACAGCACUAAUACCAAAUGGAAGUCGUUCAAAUGAAAAUAUAUUACAAAAAAAUUUUUCUAAUGCUCGACGACCUGAGAGAGCUUCAUUCAAAAACUUACGAAAUAUCGAAGAUAAUCAAAAUCCAAGAAAUGAGAUUCCUGUUCGUAAUGAUCCUCGAGAAUAUGAUCGUAAACACCAGCAUCGUCUUCAAGGUAACAAAACAACAUAUGAAGUCAUAAACAACCACCCUGAUCGUCCUAUAAAGAAAAAGAAUAAAAAACCGUCUGCGUUCAGAGCAUUUUUUGGAUGUACAAAUCCUGUUUAUGACUAA